CCCGGGCCGCCUCCCGUUCCCGCGGCUCCGCUCCGCUCUCCCGGGAGCUCGGCAGCUCCCGCAAGGACCAGGACGGGACGAGCCGGGCUGAGCCGAGCCUGGCUAAAGCCCAACAUCCCCGGGCCGGGCCAUGGCCCCGGCGCUGCGCUGCGCGCUGAUCUGCGCGUUUCUCUGCGCGCUCCCUUGCGCGCACGGCUCCGCACCCACCCGCGCAGGAGGGUGCAGUGAGCUGAGGUCCUGCGAGACAUGCACGACCGGCAUCGCCUCGCACAACGCCACCGGCUGCGUCUGGGUGGGCUGCGGGACCCCCGAGGAGCCAGAGAUGGGAAGCUGCGUGCAGAGAGGAGUGGCAGCGCGGGAGACCUGUGUGCUCUACAACACCAGCGCCCUGUGUCGAGCCCUCAAGUCCCCCACCGAAGAGCCUCCGCGGUCCCAUAGCAAGGAGCCAGCGACGCAUUCCCCAAAGACCACCACCACCAGCGUCCCACUGACGGGCAGCCCUGAAUUUCACCCGCCCGGUUUCGACACGGCGAGCUUCAUCGGCGGCAUCGUGCUGGUGCUGAGCAUCCAAGCCGUGGUCUUCUUCAUCAUCAAGUUCAUCAAGUCGAAGGACAGCACCUACCAAACGCUAGAGGACAACCAGUAGGUGCCGGCGGCGAUGGGAAGGGGGGGCUGCCCCUCUGCACCCCCAGAGCUUGACCCUUCCUUUGCACCUCCCCGGAGGGGGGUGGCAUGGUCCCUCUCUCCUGGUUUGCAUGAAGGGGGGGUUCCCAGCUGGUUUGCUGUUUUCCUGGGAAUUAUUAGCGGUGGAAGGGAAGGGGGUGUCCCUGCUCACCCCCCUUCCAUGCACAGAGGCCCUGGUGGGAUGCAGCCAAUGCACAGACCCUUGGCAUAUCGGUGCUCCUUCUGCCAGGGUGGAUACCCCCCUCCAGCUGUGCAGCGGGGUGCAGCCCCCACCCCUGAGCACCUUCGGGAGGUUGGGAGCUGCAGAGCCCAGUUUGCCCCCAGUUAGAGAGCACCCAGCAGCCCCCCCUUCCCACCCUGGGCACCCCCAGUUUCCCACUGCACCCCAGCCCCAUUGCCUCCCCACAGCCUUGGGGCUUCCCCGGGGGGAGCUUGGGGUCCCCUCUUGCCCUGGUGGGCUCUCAGGUGCUUUUCCUUUCAGGGUUGUGGCUGGAGCACCCAGCCCCCUGCUCCGACCCCCCCAGCCCCAUCCCACCCCAGUCCCCCCAGC